AUGUGGAGUUAUGUUUUAGUAACGUUACUCAAGACAUACGCGAUUUCCGGAAAGACUAUCGCUAAUCAAAGUCUAAAUUGGCGGAGUCUUAGAACGAUGGCAGUGCCGAGUAGAGCGCGGGUAUAUGCCGAUGUCAACUCACAACGUCCUCGAGAAUACUGGGACUAUGAAAGUUACGUCGUGGACUGGGGUAACCAAGAAGACUACCAGUUAGUGCGUAAGCUUGGGCGUGGAAAGUACAGUGAAGUAUUUGAGGCAAUAAAUAUCACAAAUAACGAAAAGUGUGUAGUUAAAAUAUUGAAGCCUGUUAAAAAGAAGAAGAUUAAAAGAGAAAUAAAAAUAUUAGAAAACUUAAGAGGAGGCACAAAUAUAAUUACAUUACAAGCUGUAGUCAAAGACCCUGUUUCUCGUACUCCAGCGCUCAUUUUUGAACAUGUGAACAAUACUGAUUUUAAACAACUGUACCAGACUUUGUCAGAUUAUGAUAUAAGAUAUUAUUUGUAUGAGCUGUUGAAGGCAUUAGAUUACUGCCACAGUAUGGGCAUUAUGCAUAGGGAUGUGAAACCUCACAAUGUGAUGAUUGACCAUGAUCACAGAAAGUUACGUCUGAUUGACUGGGGGUUAGCAGAGUUCUACCACCCAGGACAAGAUUAUAAUGUUCGUGUUGCUUCUAGAUAUUUUAAGGGUCCAGAGCUCUUGGUGGAUUAUCAAAUGUAUGAUUAUUCAUUGGAUAUGUGGUCGCUAGGAUGUAUGUUAGCCUCCAUGAUCUUCCGUAAGGAGCCAUUUUUCCAUGGUCAUGACAAUUAUGAUCAACUUGUCCGUAUUGCUAAAGUGCUGGGCACUGAGGAGCUAUUCGAAUAUUUGGAUAAAUAUCAUAUAGAAUUGGAUCCCCGAUUUAAUGAUAUUCUUGGGAGGCAUUCUCGCAAACGGUGGGAGCGGUUUGUGCAUUCAGAAAAUCAACAUUUGGUAUCACCUGAAGCAUUAGAUUUCCUAGAUCGUCUGUUACGUUAUGAUCACUAUGAGAGAUAUACUGCUCGUGAAGCAAUGGAUCACCCAUACUUUUAUCCAAUUGUAAAGGAGCAGGGGCGAAUGGUUUCAUCCAGUUCUCCAACUCCAAAUGCAUUGCAAGGACCAAUAAAUACUCCAGAAUAA